GCUACCUAUGCGUCUCGCAGAUCUAGGACUUUUGAAUGAGUUAUCCUGGUGUUAUUUGCAUUAGUUGUUCAAGGUUUGAGUGGUACCUUCAUUCCUGACCGCUGCGUAAAGUGAAACCGCGACGGGCGACGUUCUCUAGGUGAAACGUGCGCAAUAAUGGCCUUCUCUAUAGUUCAUAGCAUCCUAACUAGAGAAGGCGAUGGUGCAAUGGACGGCAUUCUGGCAGCGACUAGUGCAGUGAAUGAUGUGAAACCAAGUGUUGAAGGCUUGGUUGAAGAAAAUGAUUAUGCGAAUGAAGUUGCGGUAGACGUGAUUCCUACUGUUGAUCACGGACAUUAUGCGAACGAUGUUACGACGGACGUGAAGCCGAACAUUGACCAUGGGCAUUAUGCGAAUGAAUAUGCGUCGGACGUGAAGCCGAGUGUUGAUCACGAACAUUAUGCGAAGGAAGUUACGGUGGACUUGAAGCCGUUAGUUGAUCACGGACAUUAUUCGAAUGAAGUUAUCGCAUUGGUGGACAACAAGCCGAGUGAUGAUCAUGGGCUCCAUGGGAAUGAAGUUACGGAGGACGUGGAUCCGUGUGUUGAUCACGGACACUAUGCCAAUGAAGUUACAGUGGACUUGAAGCCGAUCGUUGAUCACAGGCAUAAUGCGAAUGAAGUUUUGGCAUUAGUAGACGAGAAGCCGAGUGUUGAUGAUGGACAUGAUGCGAAUACAGUUACUCUCUGUGAAGGUUCCGUUUCUGUGAAAUCCCGUGGCCAGUACCAAAUGCUUGUGUGUGUAGAAGAUGGACUGCAUUCCUGCCGGCAGUGUGCCUAUACGACCACGGAUAAAGGACACAUGAAUGUGCACCUUCGCCGGCACACAGGGGAGCGUCCCUUCCAGUGUCACCUUUGCCCGGCUACUUUUGUGGUGAAAGUCCGCCUCACAGAGCACAUUCGCACCCAUACCGGGGAGCGUCCUUUCUCCUGCACCCAGUGCAAUGUGUCCUUUUCAGUGAAACAGAGCAUGAAGAAACACUUGCGCACCCACACAGGAGAGCGUCCUUUCUCCUGUCUCUUCUGCAAUGCAUCAUUUUCACGAAAGCAUGACCUCAGGGGACACGUACGCACCCACACUGGAGAGCGCCCAUUUUCCUGUGACCAAUGUGACGCAGCCUUUGGGCUGAGCCACACCCUCAAGAAGCACAUGCGCACCCACACCGGUGAACGUCCCUUUUCCUGUGACCACUGUGAUGCCUCUUUUUCCCAGAAAAGCCACCUCAAGAAACACAUGCGCAUCCACACGGGAGAGCGCCCUUUCUCUUGUGUUCACUGUGAUGCAUCCUUUAGACGGAAAAUCAACCUCACAGACCACAUACAUGCCCACACAGGAGAGCGUCCAUAUUCUUGUACCCAUUGCAAUGCAUCUUUUUCAAAGAAAAGUGCCCUCAGUCGCCACAUCUCCGGACUUCAUCCCAAUGAAGCCCAGAAGGGCAGGGGUGCCAGUGUUUCUAAUGUGGAGGUUACACAACUGAUUCGUUCUGCUAAAAGGUGAUCUUUUAUGAAAACCUUUACUGAAUUUUGUCGCAACUUUGGGACAUACCGGAAAACUUUGACCAAGCAAUUCACGAAAAGUGUGCCGCCUUUAACGCCGGUUGUGAAGUAGUCACAAAGAAGGUAGCUUUUAGCAGGAAAAAUCUAGCAAAGCCUUGUGCAAAGAAUUUAAUGCUUAAACCAGGUGUUAUGUAGCUGAUAGUGGAAAGCACGAUGCAUGCGCAACAUCUCUCACUUCAUUUUUGAUCCCCUGAGUGACGCAAGUUCAGUCUUGUUAUUUUGUGUGUGUAUGCAUUCAAGCGGUAGCAGAUGACCAUUAUGAAGUUCUGAAUGCAGAAAGUUCCGAGCACCAUAACUGCUAGGACACCAUGGGGGGGGGGUCAAGGUCCUUUUAGUGUUGAAAAGUACAGAGUUUGCUCAAAAAGGUAAUUGUACACGUGAUUAGAUCACCUUCUUUUGCAGAUUUUUUCCUGUAAACUAUUGAUUGCUACUUUAAUCAAAGAAAUAAAAUUAGAAAGUUUGGAUUUGUCUGUGCAUAACUAAUUAAGUAGAAUAAGCAUGAAACACAUGAAUAAAAAUACCAAGAAUGAAAUAAGACAUGUAUCAGAUAUAACUGUUCUUGAUUUUGUUUUGUUGUGCUUUUAGUUUUGUAGUGGUGAGUUGAUGUUUCCUGAGUGAUGUUUGGAUGUCUAAAUUCAUAGUCUACAAAAAAAAAAAAAGUAAUCAUGCUGAUGUAACACUGGCAUAGCCAAUGGGUCAGAGGUGGGCAUUUAUAUUUGUCAAAGUUUCUAAAUAGUGGAUGUGUAUAUGUAGGGUCUAUCACAAAAAAGAUGCGCACUUUCUGAGAAAAAAAUUUAUUUAUUUAUUUCUCCUGUACCAAUGGUUGAAAUUCUUCCAUCAGAAAAACUAAGUGCACCAAAUAAAGGCCUGAAAGAAAAUGAUGUUUUGGCUUCUAUACGGAUGUCAUGUUCACAAUGGUUGGUGAACAAGGCUUCUAUGGGAAAGUCGGAAAGUUUUUUUGUCAUUUUUUUCCAUAAUUAGCAUCAUCCUAACAUUAUAAGUUUUUAUCGAACUCUUGUUUUUAAAUUUCAAUUCAAUUUUCAAUUUCAAUUUUCAAAAUUGGUUUUAUUGUUUUCUUGUACAAGACACAAGAAACAAAAGGAUGUUGGGGCUAAAGGCAUUUAGCCUGACAGAAGACCCAACACCCUUGUACACAAUUCGUACAUCAAAAAAAAUUAAAAUAAAAAACAGCUUUUGCAGCAUCCAGACUUUCAUGAAACAAAAGAAGCAACAGAGCAAAGAAUGCCUGACAAAAGUAUCAUGUUACAUUGAAUCUGACUGAUUAUACAAAUCUUGAAACAUACUUACUACAUAACAUACUUAAAUAACAAUCACUCAGGAAAGAAUCAGGACUAGAACAUUAGAGACAUGUGAUACAUACCAUUAUAUUUUAUAGUUAAUAAAAUACAUGCAGUACAAGAUUUCCAUGGCCCGACUACUACCAUUGCUAACAUCAGUAUUUUUUAGGAUCCAUCAAAAAGUAUGUUUUCCUGUAUUAGCACUUCUUUAACUUGUACCUUAAAUGCUUUUUCUGUACAGUCAAAAUUAAACUUAUGUUCUAAUUUGUUUAAUAUGCAAGUUGUUUGAUGGGUAAAAGUUUGUUUACCAUAAUUUGUCUUGGUUUGUUGUGGACAGCGCAAGAUUUGGCGGAUCGGAUAAGUGUGUUGUCUAGCUCCUUCGUUGGGCUCAUACAGUUUUCUGCUGUAUAUGAUUUGCAACAUUUUCUUAUAAUAGACUUGAUCGGCUGGAAACAUAUGAUAUUUUUGAAAUAAAGGUGCUGUCCUCAA